AUGAGGGCUCCCAUCGCGCUACAGUUGCUGGGCCUCUUGGCGGCUUACGCCGGCGCGGAGACGCACGCGACGCCCGCGACGCCCGCGACGCCCGCGACGUUCCUCCAUCCGCUCAUAGAAACCAACAACCGGUCGGCGCCGCUGCUCGUGCCGCUCGCGCGGCGCCCGGCGCCGUGGAACCGCACGAGCGCCCCGGAGCCGCGCGACUGGCUCGCGCAGCUCGUCCGGCAGACGCAGCAGCUCUACGCGCGGCGCGAGGCCUACGCCGCCGGCGUCGCCCGCUUCCUGCGGUCCGUGGUCGCCGCGUUCUUCCCGCGCGACGCGCCGCGCGGGGACGCGCGGCUCGCGGCCGCGGCGACGCGGGCGCUCGCGGCGCCGAUUGCGCCGCCGUCCGACGCCGCCCCAUCGCCGCCGGCGCCCAACGCCACGGAGAAGCCCUACGACGCCGCCGCGGCGCUCGACGCCUACGCGCGCGCGUGCGCGCGCUACGCGACGACGGCGAACGGCGCGGUGCUCGGCGCGCUCCGCUUCGGUUCCGCGUGCGUCAAGCCCAGCGACGAGUCGAGCGGCGGCGCGCCCUUCGCGGACGCGGAUUUGUUAGCCGUCGUCGACGCGGUCUGCGACGCGUCGUCCGUCGUCCGCGCGCUCGACCUCGCGGGCGUCGACCGGAGCAGGAAAAGAGUGAUUCAAGCUCUCUUCAAUAUAAGCGUCGACGCGUCGCGGCUCACGCCGGGCUGCUGCGCGCGCGCGCUGGGCCACGCGCUCCACGCGGCGGGCGGCGGCAAAGGUUUGUCCUACCUCGCCGUCGUCGGCGCGCCCCUGGGCCCCGCGGGCGCGGACCGGCUCGCGAAGGCGUUCCGGCCGUCGCUCGCGGCGCUGAGGGUCGCGGGCUGCGGCAUCGGCGACGAGGGCGCGGCGCGACUGCUCCACGCGCUGCGCAAGCCCGGCGCGCCGCGGCUCGAGCGGCUCGACGUCGGCGGCAACGGCCUGGGGCCCCAGGCCGUGCGGCGGUUCAAGCGGCUCGGCGCGCGCGCGGACGCGUGGCCGCCGUGGCGGCGGCGCGGCGCGGCGCCGAAGCUGAGGGUCGAGGCGCGGGGCAACUGCGUCGGCCUCGAGGUCGCCUGCGGGGUCCUGCACGCCGUGGGCCUCGGCGCGUUCCCCGUCUUCGGCUGGUUCCUCGUGUCCGAGGCGAAGCGGCUCGAGUUGGACGGGCCCUGCGUGACGGCGCUCGCCGUCUACGGCCUGGCCCACGCGGCCUACUUCGCCGCGUCCGUGGCGACGCACCUGCGCGAGGCGUCCUACGGCGCGGCUUUGGCGCGGCUCCACCGGGGCCGCGGGCCGCGGCCGCCGGGCGCGGCCGCCGCGCCGCCGCGGCGGCCCCGGCCGCCGCCGCGGUCCGCGCUCGACCGCUGCGGGCCCGCGCUGCUUCUCGUGGCGACGCACUACCCCUUCGCCGCCUUCCUCGACCUCGACCCGCGGGCCACCGCGCGCGUCCGCGCCGCGGGCCUCGCGGCGGCGGCGGCGGCGGCGCUCCACGCGAGCCGCCGCGCGGACCCGGACCCGCCCGUGCUCCGCGUGGGCAAGUACGUGCCCGUGGAGACCCUGGCGCUCCUCGCCGUGGGCUCCUACGCCGCCGCCGUCGCCGCGCUGCCCCUGCGGCGCGCGCUCGGCGACCGCGCGUUCAAGACCAUCGCCGCGGGCGCGCUCGCGAACGUCGCCGCGGCCAUCGUCCACGUCGCCGCGGGCUACGGCCACGUCGCCGCCCACGGCUUCUCCCUCCUCGGCGCCGCCCUCUACGCCCUCGUCGUCCUCAAGAGCCUCGUCUGGCACUUCCUCCCGGCGCCGCCGCCGCCGGACCCCCGGCCCGCCGCGUCGUCGUCGGAGGAGAAAUACGCGCCGAGCGCGGACGAGGAGGCCGAACACGUGCCCGGCGGCGACGACGACUACGACGUGAGCGCCGCGGCGGCGGCGGCCUUCCUCAAGGCCAUCCGACCCGUGGUCGACGAGCUGCCCGAGGAUCAGCGCGACGGCGCCGAGGCGGCGCUCUGGGCGGCCGCGGGCCAGAUCUACCACGACCGCGACGACGAGGUCGCCGCCCUCGACGCCGAGCUCCGCGAGGCGCGCGCGCGCGCCGUCGCGCUGCCCAACAAAUUCGCCUGCGCGUCGGCAUCGACGGCGACGGCGCGCGUCGUCCUCGUGUCGUCGCGCGUGCCGGACCAGGAGGACCUCGUCGCGGCGGUGAGGGACCAAGCGUGGGUGCUGCGCUACGAGUGGGAGACGGCGACCGCCGAGAGCCUCGCGGCGGCCGUCGCGGCGAAGAUCGAGGCGCUCGGCGGCGCCGUGGACACGAUCGCCCUCGUCAACCACGGUCCGCCGGAGGCGGGAGCCUGGGCCAUAGCGAAGGCGCUCGAGAUCCCCGUCGACGGCGCGCCGUUCGACGCCGGCGGCGCCGCCGCGCCGCUCCUCCGGGCCAUCGCGGGGGCGAAGGGCCUGCGGCGCGUCGACCUCCUCGCGUGCGACAUCGCCGCGACGCCCAACGGCGUCACACUCGUGGAGCAGUUGGAGAAAGCGCUCGGCGUCGACGUCGCGGCGAGCACGGACGUGACGGGCAAUUUGCGCCACGGGGGCGACUGGACGCUCGAGACCGACGACGUCGACGCGGCGGAGACGUACUUCGACGCCGCGGCCCUCGUGCGCUGGGACGGCCUCCUUCGCGCGGGGCUCCGCAACGGCUUCUCCAAGUUCCUCCGGCGGCGGCGCGAGCGGGAGAAGCGCGGCCGCCGCGUCCGCGUCCGCCGCGGCCGGCCGACGGGGCGCUUCCACCACGAGAACCACGACCCGCCGAGCUGCGCGAUCCAGUAA